AUGGCUGCUACGUUGUGCCCCCAAGCAAUCGACAUCAUCUUCUCUCCCUACCACGUCGGCCUGCGCGACCACCGCGUCGGCAACGGACCCCACCGCAUCCUCUCCCUGGGGCUCGAGCAAGACCUCCACCGCCUGGGUGUCGCUUUCCAUCUCAUCGAGAUCCCACCCGUCGACGAGUUCGAAGGCGAGAUAGGGCGCAGCUUCGAGCUCCUGCGCCGGAUUUCCACCGCCGUCAGCCAGUCAGUGGCCAACCGCCGCUUCCCCCUGAUCCUGUCGGGUAACUGCAUGGCCAGCGCCGCGGUCGCCUGUGGGCUGCACGUGGACGACCUGGCCUACGUCUAUUUCGACGCCCACGACGAUCUGGACUCGCCCGACGUGAACGAAAAUGGGUAUCUGGAUGCCAUGGGCCUGUCCAUGCUGCGUGGGGCGAGCUGGAAGACCCUGAUGAACAGCGUGCCGGGGUUCAAGCCGGUGGACCUCAAUCGGCGGUUCUUGUACUGCGGGCUCCGAGAUCAGACCAGUGUGCAGAAGCAGCGGGUGAUCGAGGCGGGCAUGCAGGUCAUCUGGGGGAGCACAGAGAGCAAAGUCGAUUUCGCGACGGAGCUGAAGACCCAGCUGGAGCAACGAGCGUACGGCCAGGUGUUGGUUCAUCUGGAUCUAGAUGUCUUGGAUGACUCGUACGGCAAAGUCAAUGACUACCCAUCUCCAGGUGGCUUAUUUGAAUCGGAUCUGAUCGCUUGCAUGGAACUAAUUCCGCAGAAGACGACCCCUCGGUCGCUGACCGUGUGUUCUUUUGAUCCGGAUGCGGGCGACGGUGACAAGAUUGCUGGGAUUGCAGUUCGAGCAAUUACAGCCCUUGUUCGAUCUCUUUUGGACACAGGAGCUCUAUCCAAGAUCUGA